GCAAUGCGUAUCUGUCAUGGCUGCUCACUGAUGCCACUUACACCACAUGGGUAGAAAUAAACAUUAUCAUUGAUUGAAGAGUAGUGUUGACUGGCUUCAUCAAUAAAGCGAAUAAUCGCCAGCUUUGAACUACGCCCGUCCCGACUGGAAGGCAGCAGCUCGUUCUUCAUCUCAGGAGGAACAUCAGUGGUUCAGUGAUGCCGCGGGACGUUGAGAUUCCCGUGCUCCGAGGCUUUUUAACACCCAGCGAAGCAGCGGAAUGGAAGCAGAAAAUUUUCACCUCUGCAGAGGUGGGCUCUCUGCUGCAGUCCUUGUUGGAAGGGGAUUUUGAGGCUGUGCUGCUGAGUCCCCAGGUGUUGGACCUGCUGGCUGGUGACUGUGCCUGCAGCGAUGGGGAGGACAUCGAGGCCUACCUGGAGAGACAGGUCCUGCUCUAUUUGAGUGAUGACACCAAGAAUGACAAAGCUGACAGGGAGGUGGUGGCUAUGGUCCUGGCUGUCACCUGCCUCCAUAUGUUUGUCCAGAGUAACUGGACCGGUCCUCCAGUCUCCAUCCAUAUUGCUGACCUGCUGCCCCCGGCCUUGCUCUCAUCCUUCUCACAGCCCCAGGCCCUGACUGAGGCUCUCCACAGAAGCAUCCUCAUAGACGGGGAGUCAGUGUACAGCCUCGUGGCAAAUCCCUUCCUCCUCCUCCUGGCCAGGGUCAUCCUGAUCAACUGCUCCUCGAAGAUGGACAGCCUCCAGCUACUACCCUGGUGGACCCUUCGCUACAUAAACCUCCACCAGCAGAUCUUGGAAGAGUGCUCUCCGCAGCUUCUCAGCUUGGCCCACAGCAGCAUGGAGAAAGUGCUGAAACAUGAGUCUCUGUUCGUGGACCAGCGAAACCUGGCUAUCCAGUUCCACCUGGAGUGUGUCUACACUAGCCUGACCUACUAUGAGUACCAGUCAGCCAAAUUACACAUCCAGAGGGCCAAGGAGCUUUCUGGGCUGGAGAUGAACAUGACUGGUGCGCUUGGCAAGCGGACUCGUUUCCAGCAAAACUUCUUGGCUCAGCUCAUCAUGGAGGUCCACCGAAAGGUGGAUCAGCCUGAUCAGACAGGAGGCACAGAUGGUGAUGCGAGUCCCACGCCUACCCCACAGGCCAGUUUGCCUAAGGACCAUGACCUAGGGGACGACACUGUGCUGAAUCAGAUCAAGCUAGCAGAGCCGGAUCAGUAUGAGGUGCCUGACCUGAGUGCUGAAGAACAGGCGGUCAUCCUGGGCGUCUGCGCUGACUUCCAAAAGAACAAUCCAGUCCACAAACUGACAGAGGAGGAGCUCCUGGCUUUCACAUCCUGUAUACUGUCUCAGCCCAAGUUCUGGGCAGUGGAGGUCACAGCGCUUUGCCUCAGGACUAAGCUGGAAAGAGGGAGCUCCAGGCGGGUUGAGAGAGCCAUGAUGCAAACACAGACAAUAGUGGACCACUUUGAAAACAAAGACUGUCCUGUGACUGAACGCCUCAAGGUCUUCUACUGCUGCAAGGUUCCACCCAGGUGGAUUGUCCAGAAGCAGCUGGCUCGCUUGCUGACAGACCUCGGCUGCAUCAGCUCAGCUCUGCUUAUUUGUGAGAAGCUGGAGCUCUGGGAGGAUGCUGUUAUCUGCUAUGAGAGGAUGGGCCAACAUGGCAAGGCUGAGGAGAUCCUCCGCAGGGAACUGGAGAAGAAGGAGACUCCUAGUUUGUACUGUUUGUUGGGUGAUGUCCUGAGGGAGCAUCAGUACUAUGACCGGGCAUGGGAGCUGUCAGGCCAGCGCAGCGCCAGAGCCAUGCGCUCCAAAGCCCUGUUGCAUCUCCACAACAGAGAGUUCCAGCAGUGUGUUGACUGCUUUGAGAAGUCCCUCCGCAUCAACACCAUGCAGCUUGGCGUAUGGUUUUCUCUAGGUUGUGCCUACUUUGCCUUGGAGGGCUAUGAGGGAGCUGCCAAGGCCUUCCAGAGGUGUGUGGGACUAGAGCCAGAUAAUGCCGAAGCAUGGAACAACCUCUCUACUGCCUACAUUCGCCUCCAACAAAAGGACAAAGCUUUUUGUACCCUGCAGGAAGCCCUGAAGUGUAACUAUGAGCGCUGGCAGAUCUGGGAGAACUUUAUUGCUGUGUGCUUUGACAUCGGGGAGUUUACCGAAGCCAUCAAGGCCUACCACCGCCUCAUGGACCUCAGGGACAAGUACAAAGACGUCCAGAUUCUACAGAUCCUGGUCAGGGCAGUGGUGGAAAACCUGAGCGACAAUCAUGGCAAGCAGGCCGCGUCUCUCCGGUCAGACGUCCAGGAGCUUCUGGGUCGGGUCACCUCCCGCCACAGCACCGAUGCACAAAUAUGGCGGCAGUAUGCCCUGCUGUACGGUGAUGGCCACAGCACCAACCCAGAGGAUAAUGAAAAGGCGUUGCAGUUUAUGUCCAAGGCCCAUCGCUGUGAAGUUCAAGCCAGCGGCUGGGAGAAAGACCCGGAUACCUUCAAAGAGAUGAUAAACAGAGCCAUAGAUAUAGGCAACGUCACCAUCAGUUGCAGUAAGAAGAAGAGUAAUCCUCAGGAAGCUCUUCAGAUGCUCUCGUCAACCCGCCUCAGUCUGAGGAGUCUGGCUACCAAAGCUAAGCAAAUGCACACAGACGUGGCCACAGGUCAGAUCCAUGCCGACCUGAGAGGCAGCGUCGCCGAGCUGGAGCAGCUGAUCACAGAGCUGCAGGAGCUGAGCGGCACGCUGCGUGGCCAAUCAGAGUGAGCACCCACACCGACACCCCCCGCCCUCCUGGAAGAGCCCGCUCGCCGUGCUAAGUCUUCAGCGGUGGAUGUUGAGAAGCGACUGAAAGGGACAUUUCCAUGUUUGUGUAUUCCUCAACACGAGGAAUCCCUUCUCUCUUCAGGUCGAGAAUGACACCAUAAGUGUACUUGUGAUGUAAGAGAAUAAAAACAGGUGAAACUACAAAUGUAAGGCCAAAGGAAUAACUUUGCAUUCAUUUGUAAAUGUUAUUUACAUGCCAUUGUCAUUUUUAUAUAUACAGUAACAGGGAUUGGUGGCUUUGAUGGCCACUUAUUGAAAAUUAGCUCUUGUAAUAUCCUUUUUUGAAUGUAAUCAUUGACUUAAAAAUAUGUGAUAGAAGUAAAAGGCUUCUUGUGAUGUUUCUCAUGUGACAGAAAAAAAAUGGAAAUGGGGCGCUUUCAGCUGCAUGAAUGUAGCCUUACAGUCUAACAGUCCCAACAUGAAGCCAGCACAAAUCAAUCCUAAAUUUUGGUUCAUUGGAUAAGAGCAUGUACCAUGUGUUUAGUCCUGAUCACAGCGUCCUGGGUUGGAAGAUGACCUCAGACCCUCUCUGUCCCCUGCCUUUCCUGUCUCUCUCUGCUGUGACUGUCAAAUAAAGCAGAAAUGCCAAAAAAGUCUUUAAAUGAUUUAAAUUCAAUUUUCUGAAUAAAAUUAGCCCCUUAAAGUCAUUUAAGUCUUAAAUUAAAAUGUCUAGAAACAUUUUAUGUGAUUUUUUUCUGUUUCUUUUUGUCCAGUUUAUUCAAGCAAAUAUUAUAAUGCUUACCUGUCGUGCUAAUAGAGAGUACAGAGAGAGAAAUCCCAGAAAAUCCCUCUCCUUACUGGUCCUGGUCCUGGUGGUCAUUACAGCAGCAGCUUGUUAUUAAAUUCAGGGAAAAGGUGAUAACAGUUCAUAAAAUCAUUUAGUGAACAGACUGAUCAUGUUCCUGCCUAAAACUUAUGCAUUAGACUAAAUAUAUAGCACUGACUUUUAUACUUAAAUGCAGUGCUUCAUAUCAUUACAGAUAAUUUGCCCAAAAUCAGUCUUAAAUUUUGAGAAAACUCGUCUCAUAAAGGUGUGAAUCAAAUCUAACAGCUGAUCAGAAAAUGACCCUAAAUUUGGAUAUUC